GCGUUAGUCUAGCAGCAGGUGAAGGUUACCACGGUGACCAAGUUUCUUCACACUAGAGGCCUCGGUCGUCCUCGUCGCCGUGUAGCUGAUCGCGAGCCGAGCGUAACGAUUCUGUCAGAGGCGUAACGAUUCUGUCAGAGUCGUAACGACUAGGUUUCUGCACGCUAGAGCCCUCGAUCGUCCUCGAUCGUCCUCGAUCGUCCGCGUCGCCGUAUAGCUGAUCGCGUGCGCUUUUAAGCAAGCUCGAGUCUAGUCCGCGUGGAGGACAAAUUACGUCUCACGGACCUCCGGACCGGAUAAACAGCGUCAAUCCGUCACCAUGUAUUUCCCACCGUUUGGGGGCAUGGGCCAGCCCCUAGGCUCCUUUGAGCAGAGCUUCCACGUCUAUCCCGUCUCCUUCAUCGAUAAGGCUCAUUUGGAGAAUGGUGAUAAAGUCAUCAUGCCGCCUUCUGCCCUCGACAGGCUAGCCUCCCUCCACAUCGACUACCCGAUGCUGUUCGAGGUGCACAACACUGCAGCCAACCGCACGUCCCACUGCGGCGUCUUGGAGUUCAUCGCAGAAGAGGGAUACGUGUACAUGCCGUACUGGAUGAUGCAGAACCUGCUGCUACAGGAGGGAGAUAUCGUGCGGUUUCGCAACGCCACACUCCCCAAGGGCACCUACGUGAAGCUGCAGCCUCACACAAAAGACUUUCUGGAUAUUUCCAACCCCAAGGCCGUUCUGGAGAUGACCCUGCGUAGCUUCUCCUGCCUCACCAAGGGAGAGAGCAUCAUGGUGGCCUACAACAACAAGAAGUACUUUAUAGAUGUGGUUGACGCGCGGCCGGCUGCCGCUAUAUCCAUUAUCGAGACGGACUGUGAGGUGGACUUCGCACCUCCCCUGGACUAUGUCGAGCCAGAGCGGAUCCCCGCGGCUCCUAGAGCACCUGCUGCUGCUGCUGCUGCGUCCGGUGGUGCUUCCGCCUCUGAGGUUGGAGGGAAGAAGGGCCCCGGGCAAGACGGGAAAAGCAGACGCCACCCCCCAACCUGAGGAACCUACCUUCACACCAUUCGUUGGCACGGGCAGGCGAUUGGACGGCCGGCCCGCCGCUUCCCCGUCCUCCCUGCCACGUCAGCAGCAGCAGCCGCACCGUCACGGGCGUCAGCAGGGGGAGGUGCAUCUAGGGAAGGCGCAACUGGAGCAGGGGGAGGAAGUGCUUCUGGUGCUGGUACUGCAGGUGGUGGGAGGAAGGAGGGGCGGCUGGUGUUUGGAUCGAGUGAUGGAGCACCCCGAGCGGGUCCCCGGGCGCCAAGGAAAAAGGAGGAGCCAAAGAAGGAAGAGCCACAGAAGCCAUCCUUCCAAGCCUUUUCUGGAAAGGUUACUCUCUGCGCUAACAAGCUUGGUAUGCCCUUCACUCCAAGAAGAGCGACGGGAGCCUUCGUUCCAAGCCGUCGUUCCAAGCUGCGUCUUUGUGAAGCGCAUUGUUUUUAGCGCAUUCACUUUCCAUGUGGAUGGAAGCGCUAAUUUUGGAGUCCAAAUUGCACCAAUAUGGUGCGCAUUUGGCUCAUUAAUGGGGAUGGUUAUCUUGCAUUCUAGUUGUAUGUAGAAAGCAUUGCGUGGAAUGAACUGCUGCUUUUCAGACUUGGCCUUAGUUUAAUCAGUUUGUGCAGAUUGCUGUUACCGCGGUUUUCUUACAAC